AUGAAUCCACCAGGUCAAGCACAACAGUCGGCUUCUGCUGCCACUGUUGAUGCUGAUGCUGCUAUUACACCUGCUGCUACGGCAGAACAAGGAGAGGUCAAUCAUGCCAACCUCGUGUUGAUCGCGAUCACCGCCGGGUUGAGCCUCGCACUGCUCACUAUCGGACUCUGGAACGCGAUCCUCGUUCUGGCUGUGGCCGUUCUUCUGGUCUGCAACCCUUGGGUCCGCACUUUGCUCGAGUUGCCCAGCACAGACGGCAAACGUGGUCUUAGCACCUUCGAUCCGGCCCGCUUCUUGCUUUCGUCCACUGAAUCACCCUCAGGAAACAGCAUAAAUGGCGAUGAGCCUGCUACCACCACAUUAGAGGACGAUCCUAUCAUGCAUACUGACCAGCUCUAUGCGCUCACAGUCAUGCCUGAUGCGCUCAGGGAGAGCAGUCAGACCAUGAUCCGAUUCGUGGUCCGCGACUUCGUUCAAGGCUGGUACGACAAUCUCACCUUUGCCCACCCCAACUUCCUCAUCUCCGCUGAGACAAACAUCUCGCACGCCGCUGCUAGCAUCUACCUUCGAGCGCGUCAGCUCAAGAGUGCCAACGUCGCAGCCGAGAUCCUGCUCACCGUGCAGAGCGUCCUGCUUUCCUCCUUACGGCGCCGACGCGCUUCAACUCAGUGCGCCUCGGGAACGGCUUCUUCCGUACGGUCGACGUGGCCAAGCACAGCCGCUCGUGUCGACGCCCUUCGCAAGGCUGUCCGAAAGCUCCUUUCUCGAAACCUUGCCCAUGCAGAGCGCUCAAGUCCAGUGCUAAUGCUUCUUCUCACCGAGGUGGUAGCCAAACAGGCCUGGCAAGUCGUGCAAACCAUUGGCGAUCCGGACUUUAUCAACCAAAAGAUCGUCGAGUGGGCAGAGCCAGCUUCAGAAACUAGCCUUGAGGCUCAAGCUAUCUCGCCCGACGAGCUCCAGCGCCUUAAGAGCCUUGACACUGCCACUCUCGCCAUACCGGAAGCCCAGACAUUGCAGCCUCGCUCGGCGGCAAAUCGGCCAUCUACUGCGGCCGUUGGCGCAUCAACAUCCACCCAAUCACUCACAGAUUCAAAGCAGAGCUCAUCACCACCAGCACCUCGACCACCGGUAACAGAAGAGCAUCUUAAACCACGCGGACCAAGCAUGCUGGCUUCCGACUCCAACACUCACGCGGUCUCUGCUUCGUCGCGACGGUCUGCUGGGCUUUCACAACCAUCUCGCCCCCGAAUCACACCACCAAAAAAGCAAAACAGUUCAGGACCGCUCUCGGCGCUCGGUGGUUUCGCUACCGGCGCUUUAGGUGCUUUGGCUGAUGCGGCAGAAAGGGCUGUUGAUGUGGUCGGCGGGACCGUCGACGAAUUUGGCAACCUUCUCAUGGUUCCAUCCGAAUCCUCGUCACGCAGCGGAAGCAACGGUGCAGAAGCCUCUCCGCGUCGCCGAUAUGCAUUACUGGCCGAGAGGGAGGAGACCGAUUUCAGCCCUAGCAGAGCGUCUCAGAGCUGUGACUCCAGCCAAGGUCAUGUUUCCAACAAUGCAGAGCCAGCAUAUCAUCUUGAUGUGCCACCUAGCGUUGACGAACCCCCCCUUCCAGAAGCGCUCCGACAAAGCAUGCGGGUCGCUCAUCAGCAGCCUCCGCAAGUUGCUGCUUCGCAAGCAUUUCAGAUCCCCGAUACACCCGAAAGGACGUCGAUGGACGUGUCAACUUCCAUCGUUGCCCCAGCACCCGUCGCUGCUGCUCUCGACCUCGGCUCGCACGACAGCUUCUCCAUUGACGAGGGCCACGAAGACCAAGAGGCUUCAUGGGCCACAAUGCACGACCUGCUGUCCGAUCGCACCUCUCGCGCGUACGAAGCGUUCGAAAACUUUCUCGAACAUCCCAGUAAUCGCUUCUGCGCGCCCAACGAGGGCGAGUCACUUCUUCGACUCCACACCCAGCUCAACACGCUGGCGAGCAUCAUGGAGUUUGCCACACUAGACGAGCAAACUUUCCGCGCUGACGCGAGCACCAUCCUCAGCAAGGCGCUCGAACAACUGCCCGGCACGCUACCCGCUACCCACGAUGGUCAGCGGCCGGUGCUGGUACGCAGAAGUGCACAGCAGGUGCUCACUAAUUUGGAAUGGUGCGCAAACAUGGAUGUCGUCGAGCCAUUGAGAGAAAACAUCAUUGCGAGGUUGAUUCAGCUGUACAAUGCGUACCUGUCCAGCAGCCAGAGUCGUCCGCAAAGCGCUCUGUCGAGCCCAGCCAAAGCCAGGUUCUCAGAAGAGGCGUUGCGAAGGACCGAAUCUCCUGAGCCCAACCAGCUUCGCGCUUUUCUUGAUCGGGAGGAUAGGCCGAGCUUUUCGGGCAUGCAUUCAGAACGCACCGCGUUCCGUUACGAACCGCGGAGGAAGACGACGGCGCCUGCUGCCAGCGUCACUUCGCUGCAGCCCGGAGCGCAGACUCCACCACGCACUCCGUCUGUUCCGCCAGGUGCAGGCGGUGCUCCUGUCAUGGGUCCACCAUCUGGGCCGUCGAGGCCCAUGUCGGUGCCCCCUCGUACGCCGUCCGCACCGCCAAGGGCGCAGCAGAUGGUAGUCCCUGGAACAAACUCGAGAAACAGCCCCGACCAGUCUUCCGCCGCGCAACCACAGCAAUUUCGCACAAGCACCGACAGCCCUCGGUCGUCCACAAACGUCGGAACGAUCAUCAGCAUCACCGACAUCAGCGCGAACGCUGAAUCACUAAAACCGGUGGAUGUGCGCACUUUCGAGGUGAUGAUCUCUGUUGAAGGCGUAGCCGACCCAAACGACACAGCGUCGAUUACGAGCCCGGAUGGAUUUGUGCUUAUACGACGAUGGCACGAGUUUGAACAGAUGGACAUUGACAUUCAGCGCCAGCCGCGUUCGGCGAACCCUCUGCCACGUUUGCCUGCUGCAAAGGGCAGGAGAAGCGUGGAGAUGUGCAGGCUGCUCGAAGCGUAUCUUUCCGAGCUGCUGUUGACGGGCAAUAGGGCACAAUUGGCGGGUGUAGUGGGAGCCCAGAGGUUCUUUGACAGGACGAGGGCUGGCGCUUCAGCGGAAGAUUUGAGGAGGAAAGGAGGACCAGGCGCGUUCUUAGGCGGAAUAGGUAAAGGAAUCGUCAGCGGAGUGGGAUUGGUAGGCAAGCAAGCGGUCAAAACGGGAGCGACAGGCGUUCAGGCUUUUUCGACGGCAACAGGUGUGCGAAACGAUAUGCCGGUAGGUGGAGGGGUACAGGCUCGACCGGGCGGCGGCUCUGACGCUGUGAUGCGCACCGGUGGAUCUCCUGAGCGCGCAGGAACGCGCUUCAUCCCGCCUUCGCCGAUCAUCGAUUCUGCCUCCAGCUCCACGUCGGACUUUGUCUCACGAACCAACUCUCCCUUGCCCUCGCCCUCGCGUCGACCGCUUGAUGCACGAAGCACGGGCAAUAGCAACACGUCCGAACUCACCGCUCAGCAACUCGAUAUGCUUCUCUCGUCGAUCUUUGCGGUUGCGGACGAAGCAUUCAAUCUGCAGGGCGGAUGGACGCUGCGGCGUGGCAUGCUGCGAGUGCUCGAGCAGGUCGUACGUACCACAUAUGCGAGCUCGAUCGUAUCUGGCUUUCAUAAUUCAGCCGCUUCGCUGAACGAGCACAACUUUGCAAAGUGGAUCGCCAACCUGACCGAAACCAUGUGGCCAAAUGGGCGCAGGUGGGGGUCCGAGAUUGGCACGCCCGAUGAAACUAUGCCGAGAACAACCGACGAGAUCGCAAAGACCGCGCAACGGGCAAGGGAGAUCGUCGUCAGCUAUGCCCCCGCCCAGGCGGGCUACCUGCUCGGCCCAGGUGGAAAGGUCGCCUGCGUCAAGGCCCUCGCCGAGGUGCAUGAGACACUCAUGGAUCCAGUCGCCAGUUCCGAUUUCGGCUUGACCAUCGUGUUGAAGGCGUUGGAUAUGGCUAGUCGCUAA